AAUCCCUCUUCAACCUUCUGCUUUCCGGAGGGGCACCUUCAACCAGCUCCGCGGUGCACCGGCAGCGGCUUCCUGAGUCGUAAAGAAUAAGUGGAAAUAACACUUUUACACAGACACAAUGUCCUUCCUGUCGGUCAGCAGGCUAGCACCCAAACUGCUCAAUUCCAAGAAUGCCACCUACUUCCUCGUGGCUGCCAGAAAUGCCAGCGCAUCAACAACAAAUCUGAAGGAUGUUCUGGCAGACCUUAUCCCUAAAGAACAGACCAGGAUCAAGAACUUUAAACAACAGUAUGGCAAAACCAACAUAGGACAGGUUACUGUUGACAUGGUCUAUGGAGGUAUGAGGGGAAUGAAGGGUCUGGUGUAUGAGACCUCCGUGUUGGAUCCUGAUGAGGGUAUCCGUUUCCGGGGCUACAGCAUUCCAGAGUGUCAGAAGUUGCUGCCUAAAGCUCCAGGAGGUGAGGAGCCGCUGCCCGAGGGUCUCUUUUGGCUGUUGGUCACAGGACAGGUGCCCACUGAGGAGCAGGUGAACUGGGUGUCCAAAGAGUGGGCAAAGAGAGCAGCACUUCCCUCUCACGUUGUCACCAUGUUGGAUAACUUCCCCACAAACCUACACCCCAUGUCUCAGUUCAGUGCUGCCAUCACAGCUCUGAACAGUGAGAGCAGCUUUGCACGGGCCUACUCUGAGGGUGUCCACAAGACCAAGUACUGGGAGUUUGUCUAUGAGGACUCCAUGGACUUGAUUGCCAAGCUGCCCUGCAUUGCUGCAAAGAUCUACCGCAACCUGUAUCGCGAAGGCAGCAGUAUCGGAGCCAUCGACUCCAACCUGGACUGGUCCCACAACUUCUCCAACAUGCUGGGCUACAGUGAUGCCCAAUUCACUGAGCUAAUGAGGCUCUACCUCACCAUCCACAGUGACCAUGAAGGUGGCAACGUCAGUGCCCACACCAGCCACUUGGUGGGUAGUGCCCUGUCUGACCCCUACCUGUCCUUCAGUGCUGCCAUGAAUGGUCUGGCUGGUCCUCUGCAUGGCCUGGCCAAUCAGGAGGUGCUGGUGUGGCUGACUGCCCUGCAGAAGGAGAUGGGUGGAGAAGUUUCUGAUGACUUAAUGAGGGAUUACAUCUGGAACACACUUAAAUCUGGCAGGGUUGUGCCAGGCUAUGGCCAUGCUGUCCUGAGGAAGACUGACCCCCGUUACACCUGCCAGCGUGAGUUUGCCCUGAAGCACCUGCCCAACGACCCCAUGUUCAAGUUGGUUGCCCAGCUUUAUAAGAUUGUGCCCAACGUGCUCCUGGAGCAGGGCAAGGCCAAGAACCCCUGGCCCAAUGUCGAUGCCCACAGCGGAGUGCUGCUGCAGUAUUAUGGAAUGACUGAAAUGAAUUACUACACUGUGCUGUUCGGUGUGUCCCGAGCUCUCGGCGUGCUCGCUCAGCUGGUGUGGAGUAGAGCCCUCGGCUUCCCCUUGGAGCGCCCCAAGUCCAUGAGCACAGAUGGACUGAUGAAACUGGUGGGAGUCAAGUCAGGCUGAAGAACCACCUGAAAUGAGCUGGGGGUUAGUGUGAAGGGUGGGAGGAGGUGGAAAUAUCAAAAAACCAGACAUAAAUUGACCCCCUGUCAUUUCCAACCCCAGGGAUUCAAUGGGAUUCAAAGAGACAGUACUCUUUUAAUGUCAUUUCACGAAAGAAGGGCCUUUUUAAAUCGUCACACCAUUAGUGUUGAAGUGUGUUUAGGUAACCACUGACAGGUUUUCCUAUCAUGUCUCCAUAUUUGGAACAUGAGCGGUAAAAACUUCAGACACACAUACAUGUUAACCCAUAGUAGGCUCAAACUAUGUACCAUUAGAAGUCUGCUAGCAUUGCUAAGAUUUUCCCCUGUGCAGUGCCUGCGUGUUUUUCAUUGGGCACAAGGUCUGAACUAUGAAUAGGCAGUGGCAUCCAAAGGGAAUUGUGGGAGUGAAUUACUUCCUUCAUAUUUCUUUAAAUAUCUAAAGUUAAAUACCCGUCUCAAGCUUUCCUGCUUUUGGCUAAUGCAGUGAUUUGUUUUAGAGGAUAUCCGCAAGCAAAAUACCUUUUUUCUCCAAUCAAGACUGUCAACUUAGUUUCUUCUAUGCAAUGUUCCCAGAUGUCAUCCCACCCAGUCUAUCCAUGCGUUUCACUCCCAUUUAUGAACACUCCAGUUUUAGAAAAAAAAAAAAAAAAGGUCCUUACAAGUAAAAUGAACAAACUGUUCAAGAUACACAUUCACAAACAUGAAAAUCAGUUAAAAGAUACUGCCCCUUUAAAUCUUUGGUGUCCCCUUUUUCUCCAACUUAUAGGUUUUUUCUUUUUAAUGAUGACCUGUAUUCCCUCUAUGAUCAAAAUAACUGUCUUGUGGAUAUAGAAAUUAUUUUCCUCAGCUUUUUUUCUGUUAACAUGCUUUCCUAUUUUUAAUGUGUGUCUCUGCUCAAAGGGUCUUCAGAAUGGUAGUGAACCAAGAAAUAAUGUACAGUAACAGUAAUGAUAAGAUUUGAGCGAAGGGUGUUGUAAUUGGCAGCCUGUAGUAAAUCCUUAAGAGCAAGCUUGAAUGAAACGUGGGAUGGGGGGGCUUUGUAUUUGUUAAAGUCCUGUCUUAUUUGAGUGUAUGUUUGUUACUUUAUCCCCACAGGAGAGCGCUUUAAACAUCAACUACUCCAAAAUGAGCACUUGCUUGAUUGGAUUUCCUAAUUUGUAGCAGUAGAACCCUCCCAGGUUGAUUGUGUCCCUUUUUACAGGUUUCUUUUUUUGGUGUUGAAUAUGUAUAAAACUAAUAAUCUUUGGGUUCUCAUUUUGUGGUUUUAUUUAUACUUUGUGUACAUAGGUAUAUAUAUGUAUAGCUUGAAUGUAUGAGCUCUGUGCGAUCACUUGCUUGUAAUAACCACAAUGAUUACCAUAGUUUACCAACUGUAGUAGUGUUCAGUCCCACUGGUCACUGUGAAAUUCUAACAACGAACAAAAAGAAAGGCCGCAGCUAUCUUGUAUAUACACGAUUUCUCGCCUAGCUUUGUGGGCUUUAGCCGGUGCUGUUUUUCAGGUGUUUCACUUGAAUGUUUCAAGCUUGCUCUUAAGUUCUGGGUUUGUCAACACUCCAUUUUUGUGUGGUUGAAAAGCUCAUGCAUCUUUUAUAUUAUUUUUUUUUUUUCAAACUACUCUUGCCGCGCUACUAGUAGUAGUUCACUCAUAUGUUUGAAUCUCUACGCUCUGCUACCACCUUCCUUCUGGCUUCAUCAGGUGUGUUUGUGUUUUAUUGUAGUGUUCUUUCGUGCGGGUGGUUCAAGAGACGUGGUUAUUUUGAUCUUAGAGGAGCAUUAACAGUUGUACAUGUUAACUGGGAGAAUUCAUGGCAGGUGGAUUCAUCAGAGAAACACUUGGGGGAUGGGGGCUGGCUGGGUCAAAUGGGCAAGAAAAAGCUUUGAAGAGCGAAUAUUGGAAAACCUAACAAAAAAUGAAAAAUAAUAAAGGUUUUUAUUAACACUU